AUGCCGCACAUUAUCGACGACAAGUCGGAGCACUGUGUCCCUUUCAUUGCUGAACGACUCCGGUUACACAGGGCAGAAUAUGAGGAGAAGCUGGAACGCCCGCCGCCAUUCUUCUUGGGACUGAAUGGAGUCCAGGGCGCGGGCAAGACAACUUUGGUCGAGACCCUUCACAAGACUCUCUCAGCACCACCUUACAACCUACCUACCCUAGUCCUCUCCAUAGACGACCUCUACCUCCCUCACAACCAGCAACAAGCUCUCGCUCAAUCGCACCCAUCGAACCCUCUCGUUCAGCACCGUGGGGUGCCUGCCACACAUGAUAUAAGAACUGGCAUAGAACUUUUCGACGCCUUGGCAGAGCGUAGACCAGACGUCAAGAUCCCGAGCUAUGACAAGUCCCAAUUCAAUGGAGCUGGUGAUCGCAGACCUGAGGAGCAAUGGCCAGUGGUGAACAAAUCCAACGAGCAAGCAGUAGAAGUCAUCAUCUUUGAAGGUUGGUGUGUGGGCUUUCGAUCGCUUAGUGAUGAAGAGGUGCAACACAAAUGGGAAAUGGCUGUGCAGGAAGCCGAGAGUGGGAAUUCCUAUACUGGGAGGCUGGGAAGGUUGGAGCUGAAGCAUGUGUUGUUCAUCAACAGCAAGUUAAAGGAGUAUGACGUUUUGACGAACAGGUUUGGAGCAUUCAUCCACAUCGAUGCCGAAGACACAUUGUACGUAUACGAUUGGCGAGAGCAGCAAGAGGCUGCUAUGAGGGCUUCCAAGGGCACUGGUAUGUCCAAGGAGCAGGUAGUUGAGUUUGUGAAUGGCUACUAUCCGUGCUAUGAGCUGUACACGGAUGUAUUGCGGAGGGGCAUCUUUGGCGGAGAGGGCGGCAAGCAGUUGAGGCUGGUGGUCGGGAAGGAUCGAAAGGUCAUACAGGUCCAUACGAUAUGAUUCGGGUGAAUAUGG